AUGGCUGGCGUCAGGGCUCCCUCUGGCAGCUUGCGCAACCAUGCCUCGACGGCCAGCAAGGCCUCCAAGGGCAGCGUGUUCGGCACUCAGCCGUCAGCGCCCAAGCUGAAGGCGAACACGUUCGUUGGCAGCGGCGACAGUGACAGCGACAGCGAUAGCUCUAGCAGCAGCUCCGAUUCAGAUGGCAGCGAAAAGAAGCAAGUCAAGAAGACCCCUCUGCCCAAGCAGAAGGCGGAUGUCGCAAAGGCGACACCUGCAAAGAGCCCGACGGUCAACGGCCUGAAGGCGUCAGUCAAGAAGGAACAGCCCAGCAAGAACAUAAAGAAGGAAGCCACUAGCUCUUCAGAAUCAUCUGAGAGUGGCAGCGGAAGCGAAAGCGAAAGCGACAGUGAGAGCGACAGCGCGUCUAGCAGCGACGAGAAACCAACAAAGGCCCCUGCAAAAGGCGAGGAAGUCAAGAAGAGCACCAAGCACAAGCCCGAGACCAAGACCAAGACUGCUGCGGCCGACGAUUCCGACAGCUCCAGCGCCAGCUCCAGCGCGAAUGAGAAGGCGAAGAGACCCGCGACCAAAGCCGACAAGAAGGAAGCGCCAGCAAAAUCCAAGGCGAAGGCUGUCAAGCAGGUCACCCCGUCCGAGUCUGAAUCCGAUUCCGAGUCCAGCUUGCAAGCAAGCUCGGCUGAGAGUGAGAGUGGGAGUGGGAGUGAGAGUGAGAGCGGAAGUGAGAGUGAUGAGGACAGCGAGGGAAGCGAGGAUCCCGAGGCUCAAAUACAGCAGCAAAUCAGAGACGAUGUCAAGUCUGCAAAGGCCACGAAGGCUCGAGAGCCCACUUCUUCCUCCAAGGCCGAGGCCAGCAACAAGAAGAUCAAGACCUCUAACCCACCUGCUCUCAAAGAUGUUGAUGGCGACAUCGAGAUGACGGACCAAUCGACUGCCCUGACGAAUGGCGGCGCUCCCACCAGGGUUGGCUCUGUUCCCGAGUUUGUAGCACCCGAUUUCCAUCUGCGCAAGCUCGACGGCAGCAUCGGCGCGUCUGAGGUCGCUGGCUUCUUUGAGAAGGCCAAGAUGGAAGGCAAGCAAGUCUGGUACAUCACCGCGCCAGCUUCCCUUCCUGUCACCGUCGUACAAGACUUGACCAUUCCGAUGGAUUCAGCCCACAAGGGCCUGCCCGUCCUCACCCACAAUGGAGAUGACUAUCGUCUUGCUUUUGAUGACCCUUCGGCUGCUUCGUCAUUCAGACUCCUCAUCCCUAACAAGAAGGGACAGGAGUACUCAGAGCUUGGCCGGCCUGUCGAUCAGACCAUGCAUUUCACUCGCAGCGAGACCUUCCUACCUGAGGGCCCCGCUAGCGUUACUACAACCCAGACAGUUUCCAAGACCACGAGACCAGCUCGGCCUCAACCAGAAGGACUUCGUGCUAGAUACACUCCUCUGGGCGUGCCGGCCUCCAAGAAACCACUGGCCCCCAUCGCGGGCACGGAGGACACAAAUGUUGCAAAUGUUGCAGCUCAAGAGGCAACAGCGAUCAGCACUCCCAAAUCCAGCUCCAAGAAAAAGCGCAAGCAUGACGGUGAGAACGGGCCUGUGGAAACCCCCGCCACCAAGGACUCCAGCAAGAGUGCCAGCGCUGAGAAGUCCGUAAAGAAACAGAAAAUCAUCAGAGACCAUGAGCAUACCGCCGAUGGACAAGCUGGCCGGAAGGAGACCCCGGUACCUCUGCCUCCCCACCUCAGCGUCGGAUCCAGCUCCGGUACCAAUUCCUCCCGCCCGAAAGCCGCCUCAGCAGUACCGCCGGCAACCCAACCUACCCCUGUUCACAGGCGAUCUGACUCCCCCGGAGGUCGACUACCAUCUACACAGCUCCCAUCCAAGCGGACGCCUAUCCCAAUCCCGGUGCCAGUCAAGGUGAGCAGCGCUGUGAGCACUCCUGAUGCGAAGGCGCGGGACGGCAAAGAGCGGAAAGAGAAGAAGAGGAGCAAGUCGCACUUGGCCAGUGUCGACAAGGAAGCUGAGCGAUCCAGCGAGACGGCCACGGCGAAAUCGCCUGAGAAGUCUGCAAAGUCCCCCGAGAAGAGCGCAACGUACCUCAAGCAUGAGUCCCAUAACGAGUACCGGGUUAAGAAGAAGGGCGACGAGGAGUAUAAACCCGCCGCUAAAGCAGCUUUGAAGAAAGCUGCCAACUACGUGGAGGCACAACGCAAGAAACAAGAGGCCGCGGCCAAACGAGCGGAGGGGGAGGAGCAAAAGGCGGCCGAUGUCGAGGCAGCACUAGUAGCGGCACGGGGCAUACACAUCGCAGAAGAUCCUGCCUUGCCAAAAGCGAUCUUGAUUAACAUCGGAGAGACCGACCCCAAGAUCAUCGGCCGGCUACGAAAAGCUCAAGACGAGCCACCCCAAGAGGACCCAGGCGGCCUCAUAUUUGUGACCCUGCGGCGCGGCCUCAGCCUGAUGCAGUGCCUCCUAUCCGGACAACUAGCCAAGACGCACGACGCGCUCACCCUGGCACGCGAGACUUCCAUGGAGAUCUCAGGAGAACUGUGGGGGGUGCCAGCCGGUCUCCACGCGCCACUCGACCGGGAGUUGCACGCCGACUUCUUUCGCAUCAUCGCGAAGGCGCCGGGCGGGGACGAGUCCUUCACCAACAGGGUGCCCGAGGACGGUGACCCCAGCACCUUGCUCAACCUGCGUCACUUGGCAUUGCGCCAUGACAAGGCUGCGGCUGUGAUGUUUGUGCGGGAUGCGCUGGAGAGUGCGUUCCAUGCCGCGUACAAGGAGCGGAGCAUCACGAAGGUCAGCCCGCCUGCGCUCGUGCAGACGCAGGUUGAGGGUGGCGCCACGCUUUUCUCGUUCGACUACUAUGGUGAGAAGGCGUACUUGACGCAAUCAAGCCAGCUGUACUUGGAGACUGUGCUCCCGUCUCUGGGUGAUGUGUAUUGUAUUGAGCAGUCAUUCAGGGCCGAGAAGUCACUUACUCGUCGUCAUCUCGCCGAGUAUACCCACAUCGAGGCCGAGCUGGACUUCAUAACAUUCGACGACCUCCUCAGCCAUCUUGAGCACAUUAUCUGUCGUGUUCUUGAUUCUGUUCUUGAGGAUCCGUCUGCGACUGAGUGUAUUAAAAAGUGCAACCCGGAGUUCAUCAAGCCUACUCGUCCCUUUAUGAGAAUGCGGUACUCAGACGCGAUAGACUGGUUACGAGCCAGAGACAUCAAGACCGCUGAGGGCAAGGACCAUGUUUUUGGGGACGAUAUCGCGGAAGCCGCCGAGCGCAAGAUGACGGAUGAUAUCAACCGGUCUACCCUCUUGACACACUUCCCAGUGGCCCUCAAGUCCUUCUACAUGCAGCCCGACCCUGAGGACCCGCGCGUGACCGAAUCCGUAGAUCUCCUCAUGCCGGGCGUCGGCGAGGUCGUCGGAGGCAGCAUGCGCAUAUGGGAUCACGACGCGCUGCUUGCUGCUUACGAGCGUGAGGGUAUCGAUCCUGCGGGGUACUCCUGGUACAUUGACCAGCGCAAGUAUGGGCCGUCACCUCACGGCGGCUACGGCUUGGGAGAGGAGAGGUUCCUCGCGUGGCUCAUGGGGCUUCGGACGGUCAGGGAGGCUUGUUUGUAUCCGCGCUUCAUGGGACGGUGCACUCCUUGA